UUCAGACGUGCCUAGUGCCUGCAGGUCGGACUGUGUCACAUACACUGUAGGCUACCGAGGCGGCAUCAGCUUGAGCAAGGCAUUUCUCCUACCCCGACAAACCUUCAGGGGGCUUUUAGCAUUUGUUCAGUCUGCAGUCUCUGGAAAACAUCUGAUUCGUUUUUUAACCAGUCCCAGAUGCGUCAGUGCGAGAGUGUGCGUGCAUGAGCGCAGCAGCGUGAGUUUGUCAGUGCGUGAGAAUUUGGGGAGAAUAUCUGCUGUCCAGAGAAGGGGAGGGAAAGAAGAAGCGUGUGGAUUUUUUUUUUUUCUGUUAUAAUAACUUUUUUUUUUUAGGUAUGAACGCAGAUACGUGCGUCUCAUACUGCGAUAUGACAUCGAUGGAUUCAUAUUAUAGUACAUCUACUGCGCAAAGUAGAGAUCACCAAGCGAACCCUUUCAGGACUUUCCCGAGCACUGAAACGAAAUACAGCCCCACGUUCAUCCCGGGUAAAGGACAGGCUUACGGGGAGAAGUCUCGGAGUCCUUUCCAGCCGGAGUGCCAGUCAUUGGAUGGCGCUGAGGAGGGCAACUUCAACAAAUAUCAGCUCUUCAUGCAGCGACCGACCUGCAAAACUCCACCCGAAGGCGGCAAGCUGCACCCGGACAGCGGACACAACGGGACGCUCAUCCCCUGCUAUGGAAAAGACAACAGCGGCUUGACGGAGUCUGAGUUGCCCCCGAGCAUCGACCCUCCUGGGAUGGAAGGCAGCUACCUGAACCUUAAGGAACCCGGCGUGAAGGGGCCCAGCGAGCGCCCGGGGUCGGACCUUUCCAGCCCCCUGGACAAAAGCGAAGCGGAGAGCAACAAGGGCAAGAAGAGACGCAAUCGUACCACGUUCACCAGCUACCAGCUGGAGGAGCUGGAGAAAGUUUUCCAGAAGACACACUACCCCGAUGUCUAUGCCAGGGAGCAGCUGGCACUGAGGACGGACCUGACGGAGGCUCGUGUACAGGUGUGGUUCCAGAAUCGCAGAGCCAAGUGGAGGAAGAGAGAGCGUUUUGGCCAGAUGCAACAGGUCCGCACACACUUCUCUACUGCGUACGAGCUGCCUCUACUCACUCGUCCUGAGAACUAUGCACAGAUCCAGAACCCUUCGUGGAUUGGGAGCAGCAGCGGAGCAUCUCCGGUGCCCGGCUGCGUCGUGCCUUGUGACUCUGUUCCCUCGUGCAUGCCCCCUCAUCCCCACGGUCCCGGAGGCGUCUCUGACUUCCUGGGCGUGCCCAGUCCGGGCAGCAGCCACAUGGGACAGACGCAUAUGGGCAGCCUGUUUGGGGGUGCCGGGAUCGGCGGGGGAAUCAACGGCUACGAUCUCAACGUUGAUCCAGACCGCAAGUCCUCCAGCAUAGCUGCACUGCGCAUGAAGGCCAAGGAACACAGUGCAGCCAUCUCCUGGGCUACAUGAUGUCCCAAUCCGGCUCCGCCCUGCCCCCAUGGCUCCCCCCCCCCCCGCUCCUCUCUGGAGUAGCCAUCAGCAAGCACUAUGGGGGAGGAGGGGGUUUUCCUGAGAGCACUAUUGAUAACGCAGGUCAAAUGAACAGGGAGAGACUACGGAGAUAACAGAGGCCAUUACAGCGGCCAACGCAGCCGAGAUAACUGUGACUAUGACAAUCAGCAGAUGCUGAAAGUGAGACAAAUAGAGGUGUGACUUAGAUGAGGAUGUUUCUCAGACGCUCAUCCCUGAUUCCUUGAUCUCUCAGGUCUCAUUGACAUGUGGGGUUUACACUUCAAUAAACAUUCAAACUGCUGAAAAUCCUCAGUAAAGUAAUCGUGAACAGGGUUUACAAAAGAUCAAUUCAGUGCCAAAUUCAGUCAUAUCAUACACUAUCCACAUAUACAGAACUGAGCUUGAUUCACAUUAUUUGCUUCCUUUAUCGUAUUUUUAUACCACCGUCCUGUCGCACUCUCCUCAUUUACGAGACUGCUACACAAAUAUUCGUUUCUCAUUGUAUAAACAGUUUAAGUGGAUUUUUUGAACAAUGUUUUUACUUUAUAAGCUAUUUAAAACGUCCGCUCAACGAAAGCAAUAUACCUAGAGCUGGAAGUUUUCAUCCUGGUUUCUAUUGCAAGCUACAAAUAUAAAACUACAAGAAAACAAUAACUUAGCCUUUGACUUGUAGCUCGCGUUGCGGCAAAAAAAAAAGGACGGAGGUCAAACGCAAUAAGCGAACCGAGUCUAACUGAGCGAGAGCAGAUACGGCCUGCCAGUUUAUUCUGGGCGGAGAGCAGGCAACGCAUUGGCAGCAAUUUCAAACCAACUUGUCGUUUCCUCUCCCAGGGCUGCCUCCGCCGGGUUCCCCCUACUAGGCUCAGGCCUCAGGUUACAGGAAACGGUGUCUCCACAGGCAGACAAGACGCAGCAAUGCACAGCAGCAGCCUUCAACACCAACUUACCGCGCCGGCUUCAAUCAGCGACCAACAGGAAUAGACACACUUCAUUAGCAUCAAAGUGAGCCGCCCUGCCCUGCUAACACCACAGCACAUCACAGUGUACACGGUGAGGACACAGAAAAAAACGAGUUUGACGUUAGACGUGGGCUCUGCAGGGGCGCGGUUCGCGCUCGCAGGCUCUGUCACAUGCCAGAGACUGCAGGUCAAAUCAGUGGCCCUAAUCGUCCUGAAGCAUUCUCUAAUGUUCGGGUAAUGUGAUGACAUUAGAGUGGGACUGCAGGAAUGUGGUGAGCGUGUCCAUUGAUUGCUGGGGUAUCUGCGUGUGUGCUACCCCGCUAGAACAGGCCUGUCACCAGAGCUGGGCUCCAGGCUGAGGCUAGAGACAGGCUCCAUUAGUCUUAUGGCUGAUCUCCCCAUGACGCCUGCUGGGCCAAAGUGCAGAUGACGGCAAAUAACACAAAAGCGUCAUCUUCAAAUGCCUCGUCGCUCUAAAUUUAAAGAUAUUUCAUUCAUUAAUUCACACAGUUCAAGUGCCAACUGAAGAGAGUGUUUUGCAAUUUUGAUUAAAAAAAGCGAUUUAUAUAGUUGUUGAUUGUUGUUUUGUUGAAUCUGUUGUUCUACUUACCGUUUCAGUAUUGUUGACAGAGUUCCUCUUUCAAGGGGCAGAAAAUUACUGAAGGUUUUCUCUACGUGUGAGGAAAAUGUCAUUUGAUAACUUUGACCAGAUUAGGAAUUUCCCUCAGUCAGGAAAUAGAUCAUUCAAAGAAGCACUUUCCCUUCAACAGUGAGUACGUUAGGUGCCAACAUGAUGAUUACUUUAACACUUAUACUGUUUAUAUUUAUUCUACACAGAAGGCUUAUAGUCUUUACUCAAACUAAUGGUAGUGAAUGAAAAGAAAAUGGCCUCUAAAAUGACUAAAGAUAAAAAAAAUAAAUAAAAAAAAAACAUUGCCAUCAAACUAUAAAGAUAGAAAAUAGGACAUGGCCGAAAAUAAAUGUAAGCAUGACGUAAUGUGUGACUGCGUUCCUACUCCUUUUUGAAGUUGACCGCGUGUGUCUUUGGUUCUCCCUCAGUGCUCUACUCCUCUGCAGCUCCGUCCAUGUUGAUACUACUGAAAUAAAGCAAUUUAAAUCCAUGGUUAUAAAGUUGUGUUGUGCGAAUGUGAACAAUAUAAAUGAUAUUGUUCUUUUGCCUGUAUAUUUGUUUUGCUUAUGUUGUCAUAUAAUGGACCUCCAAAGAUAAACCAAUGAAGUAUUACAGUAAUAUUGCCAAGAAACGUUUUUUGUGUGUUAUUGAAAACUCUGGACUUUUACCAAGCUUGAAAUUGCUUUCCUGUUUUUUUUUUAUGGCUUUAAGCAGCUUUUUGUAUAUUAAUCCAGUAUUUCUACUUCUGAUUGUGCCAAUGCAAUAAGUUAUUGCACUUACAGUGUUGGAGAAUUGUUUAUUAUUAUUUUUAACUUCCGCAGGGACAUUGGUCUCUUUGCUUAAGCCAGAGGUUGCAUGGCUUUUUGUCCCAGCGGCUGAAAACCAUUUCCUAAGCCCGUCCAUAUCUAGCACCGUGAACAGCAUCGCUGAGGUCUGCUCAGGUGCUCUACUAUGUUUGUACAGAAGUAACAAGCUGUUUUUGUUCAUAAUGGUUUUGAAAAUUAUUUUGAAAUAAACUGAUCUCCAAUGGUU